UCGCCGGCAUCGGUUCUACUAAUUAGUCCGUCAAUUUAAAGUAAAAACGCUCGCGGAUAAUUCCAAAUCUCAUCGUGCCCGUAUAUGAGAAUCCCUCACAUCUCUUGUGGCCGAAUAAUAUAGUAUAAUCGUCGCAUCAUGGUGUACGAAACAUCGUACGGCACUGGGCUAAGGCCCUUUUCCCCGGAUCUAAAUCGAGGGAAGUGGGAAAAACCCACGGACUAUAUAUUUGCCUGCCUCGGAUUAGCUCUGAAGCUCGAUGUUUUCGCAGCCUCGUACUGGUACUUCUUUGAAUUGGGCAUUCUUGGCAUAUUGCCGUACUUUGUUUAUAUGGUGAUAUAUUUGGUUCCAAUCCUGGUCGUUCACUCCUUUAUGGGGCAGUUUUCCAGCAGUGGUUUCAUCUCCGCCUUUCGAGUGUCACCAUUCUUUAAAGGCAUGGGCUAUGUGAGCGCCUUUCUUAGUAUAUCCAUGCUCGUCUACUACAGCAUUUUUGCCGCUGUGCCCCUUCUCUUCAUGGUCAACUCUUUUCGACCCACUUUACCCUGGAGCUGUGAAGGCUUUGAAUCCUGGCAUAAUGUGUCCAGUGGUCAAUCGACCAUUUGUAAUAUUACAAAGGCAUUUGAUGAAAACGAAAAUGAAACCGAUUAUUACAGCAGUGUAUUUCAUGUACCUUCCGUUCUUUACUUUGAAAACCACUUCAGUAAUGAAAUAGGAUAUCCGGAGGAGGAAUUCGAGCUGUCCUGGCAUUUACUGGGUCUUUUCGUUCUGGUAUGGGCGAUGAUUGCAUUCAUAUUUUACAAGUUCUCGGAGACGGAGAAGUUUGGAAAAUUCAUACGCUACAUGGUAAUCGGGACCUUGGCUCUUCUUUUAGUGUGCUUUCUGCGCUUUCUAUUUCUCCCCGGAGCUCUUACGGGGGUCAACAAAUAUCUGACUCCGGAAGCAGAGCACUUAGCUAUGGGAAGUGUCUCGACAUUUAUCAUUGCUCUACAGGCGUUCGGCGCUGGCUGGGGCACCGUGAUAGCCCUCUCCAGUUUCAAUGGGUUCAAGACCAACAUAAUGUCGUUCAGUUGGAUUAUUUCCUUUGGACAGGUCUUUAUUUUCAUUUUGUUCGGCUUGGUCUCCUUUAUGCUGGAUCACUACUUCAAGGAGGUUAGUGAUGCUACCAACUAUGUGUUGCACGAUUGGCUGUUGUUUUUGUCCGGUGCUUCUAUCAUAUCGACAAUGGGUUGGGCGAAUUUGUGGACUUUUAUUUACUAUACUAUGUUAUUAAUGGCUGCUCUUAUUGUAAUGACGACCCAAAUUUUCACUGUUCUGCAAAGUAUAUUUGACGAGUUUGAAAAACUUAGGGAGAGAAAGCAGGAGGUAACGUUUGGACUGAUUGGUGGUCUUGCAUUAUGUUCUUUUAUGUUUUGCACAAACCAUGGUAUUUCAUUCUUUUUUGCUCUUGGUAGUGACGCCCUUGCCACUCACAGUCUGCUGCAUCUACUGCUCAUUUUGGUGGUUCUGUGGAUCUACGGUCGAGAACGUUUCCAGCGGGAUAUUGAGUUUAUGUUGGGGCAACCGUUUGCCUCCUGGAAGGUUUUCAUUAUCCGAUUCAUAGCUCCAAUUAUUUUACUGAUUUGUCUGCUGGCAGGAAUAGGUUUGAGCCUUGUGAGCCACUUCUCCGCAGUGAUCAUUGUGAUAUCUUUAAUACUGGUGUGGUUGCCGAUUCUGGCCAUACCUGGCUUCGGAUUGUACUACCUGUUCCAGAGCACCGGCACCUUUAGUGAUCGCUGCAGGCGCACCUGUCGACCCACCGACUGGUAUCCGGUUGAGAUGGAGCACCGCCAGCAGUACGAGGAAGCUGUAGGAAACACUGAGAUGACCCAUCAGCUUUUUGAGGUUACCGAGGAGGUUAAUUAGUGAUGUAUGUAAAUGUAAAGCAUGUUAUAAAUAAAUUCGUGAUAUCAAUAA